UUAUUCCUCAAGCUCACGCUGCCUCUACAACCGACCGCGCGCUGGCUUGGCUACCAAGCGAGGAAGAUGCUAGAUAGAAAUGGCGGUUAUGGGAGCGCGAGUAGCAUGAAGUGCUGAUGCAUUACAUAGACCAAGAUUUAUGAGUGCCACGACAGCGUUGGAGAAAGGACGAUGGCGUUGAAGUAGGACACCUUCCGCAGCUGUCAUUUCAAUCCGACAACACCUUCCCGGGAGAGUUUUCGUCUUGUCAGCGGGGAAGAGAGAACCUCACCGGGAGCAUGGCUUUUUAUAGCAACCAGUACAUCUUUGGGGAAUUCAGCCCUGAUGAGAUCAAUCAGUUUUUUGUGACUCCAAGAUGUUAUGUUGAGCUUCCUCCGUUCAAUGACAAAGUUCCGUGUGUCAGUCAGUCUUCUGGAAGUUACUGCACUCCUGCUGUACCUUAUAUUAUGGAGUCUAUGGGACUGCAGGUUUGCGCAGACGACUACCAGCACAUUGAGUUUGGCGUUGACGAGGUGAUGGAUUCCAAGGUUAUUGGGGUUAACGAUCCCUUGUACAAGGUGUCAAGCACUCUCAACCCCCAAGCACCAGAAUUCAUCCUGGGCUGCCAGACGGCCCAGAAGGUUCAACAGACAACUCCUCCAGACGCUGAUGUGCCUGAUGGAACCCACUUCAACCUGCUAAAUGGCCCCGACGCUGAGGCCUCAGCGCUGGACAAUCAUCAGGUUUGUCAAGACCUGGACGGACUCCCUGGCAGCCUGGGGCAGCGAGAGAGGAAGAAAAAGAAAAAGCGACCGCCUGGGUACUACAGUUACCUGGACCCGGCAACUGGGAUCACCACCACCACCACCAACAGCAACAGUGCGGCAGAUGGGACAUCUGCGACAGCACUGGUAAAUGGACAUGCACUUAGUGGCCCGCACCACAGCGCUGAGGAUGUAGACAUUAAGACAUUUUCGGGGGGUGAACAUUGCACCUCUGGAUCUGUUUCCACAGCAUCAUCAGCAGCUGCUGUGGCUUCAGCCAAGUACCCCCCUUCAUCCACUGCCAAUCAGAGGACUUGUGAUAGCCCUGAUGACUCUUCUUUGGAAUUAACAAGUGGAGCCACCUCUUUGUCAGAUGGCAACAAUGCAAAUUCCUCCUCUUUAUCAUCCUUUCAAAGCAGAGGGAUGACAGAGGAGCUGAGGACUGCUGAUGAGCAGCUAAAUCAUUUGGCUUCACAGAGCCCAGAACUUUCAGAUACUGUGCACAGCCCUUGCUCCAAAUCACCUCUUCCUUCCUCAGCUGCUUCUUCUGACGCCACUUCCAAUACGACUACUGAACUGGAGGGAAUCAAGGUAGCAGAUAGUGGCGUGGCCAAUGGACUAGCAGAGCCAGAUACUCCCACCAGUGAGGAUGGACACAAAGAAGACUGGGAGAGUGGGGAGCAGGCUGAGGUCUCCCCAGACUCCGCUGCACAGCCAGUAGUGUCAGAGCAGGCCCCUUCAACUGCAGCGCCAGCUGCACCUACUGCCAACCUCCCCAAAUCCUGGGCUAGCCUCUUCCACAACUCCAAGCCUCUGCCUGGGGGUCCUCAGGCCUUUGUGGAGGUAAAGAACGUUGUGGAACCGGUGUCUCCCUCUGUCACUUUGCCAGAGCAGCCUGAGACAACUGGGGAGGUCAAAGAAGGUCCUGUCCAUGUGUCAGAAGAUCCUGUGGCCCAUAAACUUGCAGAACUUAUUGAGAAUGUGAAGUUGAUACAUAAACCAGUGUCUUUGCAGCCGAGAGGCCUGAUCAACAAGGGAAACUGGUGCUAUAUCAACGCUACCCUGCAGGCCCUGAUUGCUUGCCCUCCCAUGUAUCACCUGAUGAAGUCUAUUCCUCUCCAUAAUGAGACGCAGAGACCCUGCACCUCCACACCCAUGAUAGACAACUUUGUAAGGCUGGUGAAUGAGUUCAGCAACAUGCCCGUGCCAUCGAAAACAAAGCAGCAAGGUGUUGGUGAGAAGGUCACAAAAGACAUUCGGCCUGGUGCACCCUUUGAGCCAACGUAUAUCUACAGACUGCUUACACUCAUAAAGUCGAGCCUCUCAGAGAAGGGUCGACAAGAAGAUGCGGAGGAGUAUCUUGGCUUCACUCUGAAUGGAUUGCAUGAGGAGAUGCUGGCACUGAAAAAACUAAUCUCGCCUCAGGAAGAGAAACCUUCUACACCCAAUGGGCCUGAGAUCCAGCCGAGUCUGGAAGAAGUUGUUGCCGAUAAGGAUGAAGAAGGUAGUGAGGAUGAGUGGGAGCAAGUGGGCCCCCGAAAUAAGACUUCCAUCACUCGCCAAGCUGACUUUGUCCGUACACCUAUCACUGAUAUCUUCGGCGGACACAUUCGAUCGGUGGUAUAUCAACAAAACUCUAAAGAGUCAGCAACUCUGCAGCCAUUCUUCACGCUGCAGUUGGACAUUCAGUCAGAGAAGAUCCGCACUGUCCAGGAGGCUCUAGAGACCUUGGUGGCACGAGAGUCUGUCCAGGGCUACACUUCUAAAACUAAGCAGGAGAUCGAGAUAAGUCGGAGAGUGACUCUGGAAGAGUUGCCACCUGUGCUUGUGCUCCAUCUCAAGAGAUUUGUUUUUGAAAAGACCGGAGGCUGCCAGAAACUGACCAAGAACAUCGAUUACCCCAUUGACCUGGAAAUCAGCAAAGAUCUCUUGUCCUCUGGAGUACGAAGCAAAGUUGUCAAAGGCUUAAGGACUUACAGGCUCUUUGCAGUUGUCUAUCACCAUGGAAACAGUGCGACAGGUGGUCAUUACACCACUGAUGUCUUCCACAUUGGUCUUAAUGGCUGGCUUCGCAUCGAUGACCAGGCGGUGAAGGUUAUCAACCAGUACCAGGUGGUGAAGCAGACUGCGGAGCGCACGGCCUACCUGCUGUACUACCGCCGACUUGACCUGCUGUAGACACACACGCACGCAACCCGAGACGUACGCAAAUAUUCAGUCCCACUGACAAACACGCAACACUUACAUGAUCACAAUGCACUCAUUGACAGUACAGCCCAUCUACAUGCGACACAAACACCAAACUAAUGAACAGGAACACUGCCCAACUUGUUCUCUUGCAAGGUUCUUCUCUUCUUCCCUCCUGUCUCUGCUUUCCUGAGAUCCAGCUUUUCCAGCGCCCUUUUACUUGUCUCUUUUUUCAUUUUGGAAGAAGAGAAACAAGCUGCAAUCACAAAGAUUUCCCUGUGACUGCUCCUCCUCUUUUCACCACUGCUGUGUAUUUUUUUUUGUCUUUUAAAGCAGCAAGCAAGGACUGUUGAAUAGGCAGAGGCUGGAAUGAGGUUACAGGUCAGAACCUCAGACUCGCCUCUGAUCGAGCCCGGAGCUUUGCUCAGAUAGCAACAGUGGACUCACUCACAGAAAGAACUAUCAGCCACAGGCCACAAGUGGACCGCUGGGGUAAUUUCUCUUGUUUGAAUUACCUUUUUUUAAGGAAAUCACCUAGAAAUAUCAGUGUUUGCCUUUUAGUAAAGGAGAACUGUUGGCCUAAUGAAUUUGCUGCAGUUUCAAAGCCUAUUUGAGUUUGCCCUAGUGCAUUGAAAAGGCCCAGCACCAGCAUUAUCAGGAGUCCUCCUCAAAGCCAGAUUGUUGUCUUCGCUACCACCAACAACUCCUCCUCCUGAAUCUCCUCACUUUUAUGAUGCUUUUAAAUCUAGAUACCAUUUGAGCCAUCAAACAGGGGAAAGGUGGGCGGUACAAAAGGUUUGAGAGGUCCUUGACGUGGUAUCUGGCUUUAGAUUUAGAAAGACUAAAAAAAUGAUUUAGAAUUUAACAAUAAGCUUCUGUGCAUAACAUGUAAAUUGAUCAUGAUAUGACAAGCAAAUGCAUAUUCUGCAAAUAUCUAGAAAAAUUUAAGAAAGGGGGGGGGACUAAAUUUAAAGUUUUGCUGAAAACAUGUUUGGGUCCUGAAGGACUGCGUUCGGUUUUGAGUCUAAAAACCUCUAAGAACACUUCAAGACGUUGAGAUCUUGCACUGGAGAGAUGACAACAAAUCAGGACAUAUUCCACUGCGAAGCCUGUCUUUGUUUACCUUGUACUAUUCCCCCUCAUUCGUUCACCUUUGUCUCAAGGUUCCACCUGUGUAACGGUGACUUUUCAGUGUAGUCCAUCUAACCCCCACCUCAGCAGGAUGCGGGGGCUGCCUUAGGUUCAGGUGUGAUGUUUUUCUACUCGUGUACAACUCUAACUCCAAUCAGACAGUGAGUUUAAUGUCUGCGAAGGGUUUGUUGGGUGGGGGCGGGGCUUUGCACCGGGCUCCUGUAUUUAUUCAUCGUUGGCUCAACAUCGGUCGUCCUGAUCGAUGGAAGCUGAACGUGGAGGCGAAGUGGGACUACAGCCGAUCUGAGCUCUGAAUAAAGACCCCAGACAUGCGCACAAACACAGAUGGUAUUUGCUUUUGAUUGACUCGAUGUUUUUCCCCCAAUCACUCAUCAGUUGUCAUAAUUCUUGUUUGAGUUGCUAAAAGAUGUUUUGCUUUUUGUUUGUUUUUGUUUCUUUGGGUCACUGAUUUUUCUGAUGUCACUGUGCUCUCGCUCCUUUUAGACACAUGCUUGCAUUUAAUUUGGUGUUUGAAAAGAAAUUACACAGGCUAAAGCACAACAAUGAAUAAAAUUUAACUAGUUCUUUGCUUGACAUUUUUUCCUUUUUAUUUUUUUUUUACUUUCAUCAUUUGAUUUGACCAUGUUUUGCAUUUCAUUCCAACCGCCAGUGUCAGAAUCUCAGUAUUAACACACAAAUCUUAAAUGGGUUUUAUCAAGGAUUUAGGAUUGUUGGAGCCCAAAGUUCCUCUUUCCGUAGUUCUGACUGCACUUUCUUCUAUGUACCUGUCUGUACACGGGUGAGAACCCGGUUAGCCCACAUCUUCCCUUCAGAGCCGAGUGGCACGUGGAUAUUAUAAUUUAAAAAUAUUCUUUGUAACUUCACCCAGUCUUUCAAUUCAAAGUCAAAUGUGUCAUUUUGAGGUUAUACAUGGAUUUAAACUAUUUUGAACUCGAUGUAACAAUGUAUUAUCACCACUAUUAUGGAGUCUCGUUGGUUUCAGAGUCAGAAACCAGUCCCAGAUAAACCAAAGGACAUUAUACAGGCCCUCACCUUCGGACGUCGUUGCACCGUCUCAUCAGAGGUCUUGUUGCCAUGUCUUGUCACAGUCCACAAUUCAUUUCACCAAGAGAACGGCAUGCUAUUUAGACAGUCAAUACAUCCUCUACCCGAUAUUUCAGUUGUGCUGCUGGCUUUGUCGUCAUCUGUGACAUUGUUGGUUUGCAUAAUUCUCUCCUUUUCAGAAUGUGUGGAAGUUGAGACUUUGAAACGGCCGCCUUGAGCUCUCUGUACAGUUUUAUCUCAGCCUCUCAUGACCGUCGAGGACACGUGCUGGCGAAAUGCUUCAACAGCGUCUCUUUACAGUAUGCGCUCCUAACACUAUUGUCUGCUGGCAACUGUUGGGAUAUUGAACUUAAGGCAAAAUCUAGUCUGUCUUUUCAUUUAAGCCUCCAGCAUUCUAUUUUAUUUCAUUUUUUGUUGUUGUUCAAAUAAAGGAUUGUGCAAAAAGCCGUUUGCUAAUGAGAUGUA